GGCGGGUGUGAGGGGCUGACUGCGCGGAACUAACUGGUCCAAGGUGGGGACCGCUAACCGGGCGCGGGGCGAGGGGUCUACCCCAGGCCUCGGCGCGGGCGCCUGGCAGACGGCGGAAAUCGUGUGACCAGCGGUUUAUGGAUGUGUCCCCAGUGCCUUCUGGGAGCUGGCGUCUGCUGAGGCUCUGCAGAGUCAUCAGGUUGGACGUUCCCUGCGUGUUUGCUGUGAGCCCGGCCUGCGCUGGACACACAUCAUGGAUCGCCUUGGGUAACCUCACCACCACCCUCUGAGACCCAGCUCCCAGGCUCGCUGGCGUGCUCCUGCCCGAUGGCCGUCCCCCAGGCCCCCCUGAGCCCGGUGCCCUGGGAACUGGAUGGCGUCCUGCAGGUGAAGGUGGAGGAUGAGGACCCCAGCCUCUCCCAGGUCCAGGCUUGUAGCCUCGGCCACGCGGCCCACCCCGAGGAGGCUGCACGCCUGUGCUUCCGGCGCUUCUGCUACGAGGAGGCCUCCGACCCAUACGAGGCCCUGGCCCAGCUCCGCGGGCUGUGCCGCCAGUGGCUGCGGCCGGAGGUGCACUCCAAGGAACAGAUGUUGGAGCUGCUGGUGCUGGAGCAGUUCCUGGGUGCGCUGCCCCCCAAGAUCCAGGCCUGGGUGGGGGCCCAGUGCCCCAGGAGCGGCAAGGAGGCCGCCAUGCUGGUGGAGGAUCUGACUCAGGCACUGGACCGGAAAGGCUGGAAGCCGGGAGCCGAGCCCCCAGGGCCGAGCUGCAAGCACGGCGAUUCGGAGGAGGCGGAGGCCGCUGCCCAGGCCCUCGCGGGGGGCGCGUCCCUCGGACACGGCUUUGGUGACGCCUUUGGACCCCAGGGCAGCUCGGAGAGGAUGGUGGGGCUCCCGGGGGACGGCUGGACCGAGCCCUGCGCCCCGGAGACAGGGUUCAGGGCCGCUCCGGGGCCUCCCGAGGCGGCCCUCAGGGACCAGCCCGGCUGUGACUCCGGUGCCUUCGGGAACGUCCCCAGCGUGUGGUCAGAGGCCACCUGGCCGGACAAGGCGCCCUCCGCGGAGGAGUCCGGUCCUUUGGGCGGUGCUGGCGGGGAGUGCGGCAAGACUUCCUCCAGCGCCCGGGCCCUGGACGCGCACCGGAAGGGCCAUUCCCGCAAGACGCCCUACACCUGCAGCGAGUGCGGGAAGGCCUUCGGCCGCAGCACGCACCUGGCCCAGCACCAGGUGGUGCACACGGGGGCGAAGCCCCACGCGUGCCAGGAGUGCGGCAGGGCCUUCAGCCGCGUCACCCACCUGGCGCAGCACCGGCGCAUCCACACCGGGGAGAAGCCCUACGCGUGCGGGGACUGCGGCAAGGCCUUCAGCCGCAGCACGCACCUCACGCAGCACCAGCGGGUGCACACGGGCGAGCGGCCCUACGCGUGCGUCGCCUGCGGCAAGGCCUUCAGCCAGAGCGCGCACCUGACGCAGCACCUGCGCACGCACACCGGCGAGAAGCCCUACGCGUGCGAGGCCUGCGGGCGAGCCUUCAGCGACUACUCGGCGCUGAUCCGGCACCUGCGGGUCCACUCGGGGGAGAGGCCCUACCGCUGCCAGGUCUGCCCGAAGGCCUUUGCGCAGAGCUCCUCGCUGAUCGAGCACCAGCGGGUGCACACGGGGGAGAGGCCCUACCGGUGCGGGGACUGCGGCAAGGCCUUCAGCCGCAGCUCCGCCCUCCUGGCGCACCUGCGGGUCCACGGCCCGGUGCUGCGGUGACCCGCCGGCAGCGGCCUCCUGCGCAACGGGGAGUGGAAGGGAGACCCCGAGUUCCAAGGAGCCAAGAAGAAUGGGGUGGGGCAUCGAGGACGCCCCCGGAAUGAGGAGGUUCGAGGACAGACUUGGGGCUGUCUGGGAGCAGCUCUGCACUGGGGGACCCGGGCGAUGCCAAGACGGCCGCUUCCGGAAGGACCCGCCGCCCUCCGUCCCCGCCAGGCCCGUCUCAGAGGACUGCGCGCUGCGGACGGUGUCGGUCCUCGCAGCCAGGGCAGGGGUGGCGCCUCUGUCAGGACUCGGUGGUCCCAGGACGACGAUCUGGGCCCCAGGUUCACACUCGGGGUCCUCGCCUGCCGAGCCCGGGGGCACACGGCCCACGCUACCUCUGUGCCUUCCGUUUUUUAUUAUUUAUUUUUAUUUUUCUGGUUAAUCCUCACUCGAAGAUACUUUUCUCAUUGAUUUUUAGAGUGUAAGGGUAGGAGGGAGGGAGGGAGGAACACCGAUGGGGGAGAGACAUGGGCUGGUUGCCUGCCACACACGCCCAGGCCAGGGCCCGGGAAGAACCUGCAACCCAGGGACGUGCCCUUGACGGGGAGUCGAACCCUCGGGUGGAAGGGCCAGAGCUCUAACCACUGAGCACACCAGCCAGGGCUGUGCCUUUCCACCGGCUGCUCCUCCACUUCGUGCUCCACGCCCAGGCCGGCCGGGGUGUCUGCCUCUUCUGUGAGGCUCCCAGACCCGCUCCCUCAUGCUCCCACCGUCGCUGGGGGAGCUGCUGACCCUCCCCGAGCGGCAUCCGUUUGGGCUCCUGCCCCUCCUUCCGCUUCCCACCAGCCAUCGGCCCUGUUCCUUCUACCUACACUCACCUCGGCUUUGCUUUCUCCACCAUCCGGACCUCCUGUGCGGCCUCCUUGCCGCCCACGUCGGUUCCAGCAGGGCCCCCUCCUGCCUUCGCCUCUCCGGCCUCCAGGCCACCCUCUCCACUCCCUGCAUCUGACCUUGUUCUGGGCGAUGGGAAGCUCUCUGAUGCCUCACCUUCCACCGCAGAGCUUCCUGAACAGGAUACGGGUUUGCCCAGACAGGAGUCACUUUGGGCCAAACCACCUCACCACGCACCCUCACGUGCGCCCGGAUGUGGUCCCCUUGCUGCGAGUGCGCAGUGAUAUGAAAUGGUUUCCAAGUCCUGCCCUCAGGGACGGAGCUCAAACCCCGGUGCCUGCCAUUCGUGAUGGGGCCCCACGGGCCACGGGGACGACUCGCAGCUCUUAAAGAAGCCAUGUUUCCUGCCCACGUGCCUUUGUAUCUGUGUCUGCGGCUCGCCUCCUAAACCUACCACACGGUAGUCACUCCACGUGUUUCCCGAGAUGCUGUGAGCUUCAAGAGCAGGGCCCUGUCUUACUCUCUGACCCACCAGAUAUUCCCACAGGACCCAGCAGACCCGGACUCCUGUCUGCUGAAUGCAUCUGCUGGGGCCCAUGCCUUCCCAGGCGGCUGCAUGUCCUUGUGUGUGUGUGUUCUGGGCUGUCUCCCACCACCAUGGGCUCUACAAGGCAAGAGCAACCGGAUUCUCCCAGGGUCCCAGCACGCAGUGGCCUCAAUAAAAUGUUACCAGCCCGGCCA